GGAAAACGAAAGCUCAUCAUCACCUUGGGUUGCAUCAGAGAUAUACAUAGCUAGUUUUUAAGUAAAACCACGCCGGUCAACAUGUUGCGCCUAUCAAGUAAAGGAACAAGUAUUUAUAAAUUUAUUCAUAAUCGGAUACCGAAAGUGGAGCUGGCUACGGUGCCUAAGCAGGGGACGAGAUAUAUGUCCAAAACACGUGCAGGUUUAUUUUGCACUCUCAGAAGUCCUGUGUCUGAACACCCACCAAGCCGAUGGAUUUCGGGGAGCUCUCCUCGUGUGUCAGAAUUAUAUAAGACCAGGAUUGGUGCAAGUGGAUGGACCAGAAAAUUGCAUUUUACAUUACAGAAACUGGCAGAUCAAACUUCUUUGCAAGCGAGUGAGCUGUCAGAGGCAUUGUAUGACAAACUGGCUGAAGAGACGCUGGAUGACCUGGCUGUGUACUUUGAAGACCUGAUGGACGAGCCCUUCACGGCAGCAGACUUCGAUGUUGUCUUCGCUAGUGGUGUGUUGACAGUGAAGAUCGGAGGGGACCAUGGGACUUACGUCAUCAACAAACAGACACCUAACAAACAACUGUGGCUGUCUUCCCCCACCAGCGGGCCGAAGCGCUAUGACUGGACAGGGGAACGCUGGAUCUAUGCACACGAUGGCGUCAGUCUCCACCAAAUUCUUUCUAGAGAGUUCUCCAUCAUCUUCAACAUGGACUUGGAUCUGUCCGACCUUUCUCAUUCCUGACACUUCUGUGCUACCCCCCUCAUCCUCACUCCAAAACAUCACGUUUUUUUCCUCCAGUAUCAGCCAAGUAUUCCAGUAAAUCGUCUUUUUUCAGUGAACUAAACUUGUAGAAACUGACACUGCAUGACAACCAUUUUACAUGACAGAGGUUUGUGUUGUGAGUUAUGGAGGACCGUUGGUGACGGUAGUAAAAUCCAGUCCCUAAGUGGUGAACGCUGUGUUAUUAGUCGAUGAGUUCAGAAUGAUCAUGUUAACAUAAAUUGUGAUCAUGAAAGUGAAAUCAUAAGUGGCCACCUUAUAAAAGAACAUCACUCACAUUUCUUGGGUCUGUUUGGUUAAUUCUCUUUUUCAUUUACAUCUUUGGCUAAGAAAUAUUGCAAAAAUCAGGAAUGUUUUUUCUUUUAAGGAUAUCGAAAUAUUAAUUCACGCUUCAUUUCUGUUUGGUCUAGAUUACUGUAACUCCCUCUACUCUGGCCUAACCAUCUAGCCAUAGCUCCCAUAUGACCCCUAUUCUGGCAUCCCUCCAUUGGCUCCCUGUAAAAUUCAGAAUAACUUAUAAAAUCUUAUGCAUUAAAGGAUUUGCUGAAUCUGGACUGUUUUAAGCGGCUUCUAAAAACCCAUCUUAACAGGCAAGCCUUUUUAUAGAUCCCCAUCCCUGCCUUCUCUUUUGGUUGGUUUUUAGCUUGUCUGUUACUCCCCAUGCCAUGUCUUUAUAUUCAUUCAGUUUAUUUGAUGUAUUUGUUUGUAUUUUCUGUGUUUAGUGUAAAGCACUUUGUAACUGUUUAUUUUUAAAAGUGCUAUACAAAUAAAAUUUUACUUACUUACAUUUUAUAUUUGAGACUUCUGUGUACAUGAGGACACAUGCUCCCCUUCAGGGUUGUGGGGAAGACCAUUACAGUGGCACCUUACAGACACCAAGGGGAGCCAGACAUUACGAGGGUGCAAAUAUACUGCUAGUGCAAAACAUGAUAACCACACCUGCCACGCCUGGCAAAUUUAAAGAUCGAUGAUGCACAAAUGGAAGCAUUAACGAUCCACAUGUAGAAAAGCCGUCAUUCCCACCUUGAAAGUUUGGGAUUGAAGAUGCUGCAGAAGCUCUGCUCAGCUGAAGUUGAUGGUUUUAUUGUGGGGUAUAAUGUGAGGUUGAUAGUUGUGGGGUAUAAAGCACUGCAAUGGUUAAAAGGGUUGCACUGUUGGAAGUGCAACUUCAAUAACGUCUUUGCACACUCAAUGUGUGGCUGCCCCUGGUCUCUCUAAGGUGCCCAUGUACAGUUCCCUCCAAGAGCUUCUUCCACAGCAUUGAUGGAAGUUGUCAAACAUCCUCAUUUACAUACAGUCAUCAAAUUGAUCAUGUAAAUAGCAAAUGCUGGAUGCCUAAUGGGACAUAUAUAUAAUUUCAAUGAGGUAUUUACAAUUUUACAUUCUUUUUUCAAUCUAUUGCCGCAUUAUAAUUUCUAGUGCAGCAACUAUUAGCUAGAGGAAGGACCGCCGGGCCUACUUACCGCGCGUUCUCCAUACACGCGCACACGGACAGAAAAACCAGUUUUUGCGCAGCCCCAAAGUCCAUGGAAGGAGUAAUAUGGGGGGGGGGGUGUUAAUGAGCAGCACUCACGCUAACAAAUCUACCUAAUAACCGUUUGCCUGUCAGUCUGGAUGGGCAGCCUCCUAGGUGGACCUUCGCAAGAAAGCGACCAGGUCUGACAUGAGAUGACAGACCAGGCUGGCAUAACGUCAGAGCCUUAUUAAAAGACUUGAGAUGUGUCCAACCGUCACGGGUUUCAUGGUGUGAAUGGCUGCUCUGCCGAUUGACUUUCAUUCCUAAAACAACGGGGAGAAAACAUAGCUCAGCCAUGCCAAAUGGUUCGUUGUAGCUACUGAGACGAUUUCCAGCUGUGACUAAUUAAUCCUACUCUUGAAACUGUAUUUUUAUAGCGGAGUUUUAACACUGGAUAUUAUGGCUAUGCCGCGUGGCGGCGAGGUGAAUAAAAGCAAAUUGUUUUUGGUUCGUCCAGUGUUCCUACAUAAGAUGGACUUGUUUACUUCCAGACCGAUCCGACUCAACCGUAAUGUGAUUCGCGCAUGCGCAGGGGCGACUCAGAUCGGGCGGCGACGGAGAGCAGCGUUGGUCGAGUGAGGUAGAGUGAAUGGCGAGAGGGAGCGGCGAUAGUGAGAACAACUGUUUCGAAGAUUUGAAAUCGUCGAAAUCGUGACAGGUUCUUCAUCAUACAGUCAUAACUACCAAACAAAAAAACAAAAAACCUUGGGCUAAUAGAUCCAGUCGUUUGUGAGAUUAGCCACGGACACAUGCACGCAUGUGCGCGCGCGACCAAACAAUCCACAACUGUAGUCCACUGACUUCCGGUUUCUACUGCAGCGGUCAUACCAGUUUCCUGUUGACGUGUGCUAUUGACAAUGGCACAUUUUUCGCGAUGCCUGCAAGAUUUACCAUGGAUAAAUGUCAACGACGAGCACAGAAUUGUCGACAAA